AUGUUCUGGGUGGCUACGGCGCCUCUUUCUGCAGAUGGACAUGUUAAUCUUUCACCAAAAGGAUUAUCUGGUACUUUUCAUAUCAAAGAUGAAAACACCGUUUGGUAUGAAGAUAUGACUGGUAGUGGCGUCGAGACCAUUGCACACUUGAGAGAGAAUGGACGGAUGACUAUUAUGUUCUGCGCAUUUGAAGGACCUCCUCAGAUCGUGAGGCUACAUGGACGCGGCAAAGUUUACGAGUACGACUCGUCGGAAUACAACAAACUUAUUCCUCUGAACGAAAGGCAGCCGGGCUCACGGUCUGUCAUCAUGCUACACAUACACAGAGUGGGGACGUCCUGUGGAUUCUCUGUUCCGUUCUACACCUUCAAAGGCGAUCGCAUGCGCCUUCAUCAAUAUUGCGCCAAGUCAGAACGAGCAGAUCUGGCAGCGGCUGACGCAUCUCAGCCAAGUUUGAAUGGACUCGCGACAUCAUUCCCCGACGAGAUUGCAGACAAUGGCGUCAGGCGCUACUGGGCAGUUCUCAAUAAAACCAGUAUUGAUGGUCUUCCUGGAAUCCAGGACGCGCAUAAAUCGAAGACGCUCUUCGACCGCGAUAUUGCUAACAAAGAGUGGAAACAAGAAAGCCUCUCGCGCGCAGCACACCAGCAACAUUCGCAGCAUCAGACUCUCGGGGUGACAACCUGGGUAGACCCAAAACUUUUAGUUGUAUUUGUGCUUGGUGCUUUGACUACUGGAUUAUGGCGCAACAUUAUCGUGUCAUUGUUCCAAAAGUAA